GUAGUCGAAUAGCAUCAUUAGCUUAUUUAAAAAAUUUAGCACAUAAUUAUGGUUGUUCAAAAAAGAUUGAAAAUCAUAUUCGAUAUGGACUUGGUCAAGCAGUUAAUAAUGAAAAUGAAAUUGAAUUUCAAUUAUUAUUUGAAUUUAUUGAUAAUAGUAAAAAAAUAUUAAAAUUAACUACACAACAUGCUAUUUAUGGAUCAAAUUAUUUUCUUGAAACAUUAUAUACAACAACACUUAAAACAAUAACUUUAUUUGAAAAGAUUUUUAAACAAAUAUUAAAACAUGUUGAUCUUAUUGAUGAUUAUGUUAUCGUACAAUUUAAUGAAUGUUUACAAAAUUUAAAUUUUCCACCAGAAUUUUGGUCAAAAUUUCUUUUUUUAAAUAGUUAUUUAACAAGUAUUACACCAUUAUUUCGUCAUGAUAGACAAAAUAAAAAAUCGAAAGCGAAUAGUCAUGAUAAUGAUCAAGAUUCUAAUGAAAAUAACUUUCUUAUAGAAGAUCCUGAAGAAUAUCGAAAACAACAGCAAAAACAAAAAAUUGCUGCAGCUAUUCGUGAUGUUAAAGAAAUAAUGAAUAACGCCGGUCAAUUGCCUAUUCGUCCACAUCAUAUUAUACAACGAAUACGUACAACAUUACUAAAAAUGGAGCAAUUCGUUCCGGACAGAAAUACAAAUGAAUAUGAUUUAAAUUCAUUAUUACAAGAACCAGCACAAUUACAAGAUUUAUUAAAUAAAUUUAAAAUGGAAUUAAGUCAUAUUGAAUUAGGUCAUAUUGAUUUACCAUCAGAUCAUCCAAUUGAAACUAUUAAUGUCAAAGAUAUUAAAUUGAAUAGCAAUAGUUUAAAUACAGAGAAUCAUGAAAAAGAUUUUAAAGAUAUUCAAGAUAAUAUUAGUAAUGGUAUUAAAACUAUUCAAGACAGAAUUACCCUCACUCAGUUGAUCAAUAUAACAGAUUCACAAAUUUCCAGUCGUACAUGGACGAAUGCUAUUAGUUUAUUACAAAAAUCGGACAAAAUUGAUGAGUUAAAAAUAAUUUUAUCUGUUUUAAAUGAUGAUUUAGCAUUUCAAGUCGAACGUAUAUUAGCAACACCUAAAACGUUGAAUGCGAAUCAAACAACUGAUACAACGAUAAUUAUAGAUAAUUUAGUUAAAGGUAAUAUUUUAACUGCUUAUUCAAAAUUUCGUUAUGAACAGUUAAAAACAGAUUUUUCUCUUAUUUCAAAUUAUAAUGGUAUUGCUCAGAUGACAGAUAAAAUAAUAGAAUGGAAAAAAACAAUUAGAAUUAAUAUGUUAAAUAUCUAUGAAUGUAUACAAAUGCUUAGUAAAAAUCUAACUAUAACACAAAAUCAACUUAAAAAUUUUACAAAAAAUUCCAUUUGUAUAUUAUUACCAAUUAUUCUUCGUCCAGAAGAUCUUCUAUGUUUAUUAAUACCACAAUAUACAAAUAUUAUCGAAGAUAUCUGUAGAAAAUAUAAUGAAUUUGAUUUAUCAUUGACAACAAGUAUAUCUAUUGAUCCAAUACAAUUGACUAAUACUAUUGAAUUUUCAUCUACCAUUCAUAUUGGUUUACAUCAAUUUGUUUAUGAAGACAGUAAAAUUCCAUUAUUUGAUAAACAAAAACACAUCAAAUUCAUAGGCCUAGCAGCCAUUGCUUUUGUACAAAAAAUUCUAGAUCUAUGUGCUGAUCCAACAAUACGAUCAAGUAUGUUAAUAAAAAUUUCAACAGGUGUAUAUGAUUUAUUUCCAUUUCAUAUUACUUUAUCAUUAUCAUUAUUAAUAUUAACAGAUUGGUCAGCAGCAUGUUUACAAGAUUUUCAAAAGAAUUUAUUGAAACUAAGUGGACAAAAAAGUGCUGAACAAGAAGUGAUUGAAUUACAAAAUAAACAAAGUGAAUUAGAUAUCAAAUAUUCAGAUUUAGACGAACAAUCAGAAAAAGCAAAAAUGAAAGUCAGAGAUGCUAGUUUCUAUUUCAGUACUGCAACUAUAGAACAUAAAAAAUUAGCUAAAUCAGAAUUACAAAAAUGUGCUAGUGAGCAAGAACGACUCGCUGAAGAAUUGAACAAACAACAACAGAUAAUAGUGAAAAAUAAAAAUGAAUUAGCAACAGCAAUGGACAAUGCUUCGAAACAACAACAAGCUGAACAAGAUAAAUGGAUGCAUCAUUUACUAACAUAUUUUCAACAAAUUAAAAAAUAUAUAGAAACAUGUAUACAAUUGACAUCACAAAUGACCACAAAUAGUUCAAUAGAGGAUAGUGUUGAAACAAAUACAUACACAUCACAAAGCCAAUAUUCAACAAAACUAUUAAAUAUUUCAUUUGAUAUUGGUAAAAAACUAUUACUACGAACAUUCAAUUCCAGUACUUCCUUACUAAGAAAUGAAGAUAUACAACAGCUUGAUGAUACUAUACAAAAAAUAAAAGAAACUCUUGACGAAAUAUUGAAUCAUAGUACACAACUAGCCGAAAAUGAUCCAAUGAAAGGCUAUUUAUCAUAUUAUUGUGAUUUAAUACAAAUAUCAAUUACUUCCUUGACAAAUUCUCUUAAAAGUUGGCAAACAUAUUCAAAAAUGUUAAUAACUGAUCUAAUGAAACAAUAUACAGGAAAUAAUAACAAAGAAAAACUUUGUAAUUUAGGUAAUUGGGCAUAUGAACAGUGUCAUACAUUUAUUAGAAGUAUUCAAUCAAAUACAAAUAGUAUUGAUGAUAUAAAACGAUUAGCUUCUGAUAUACAUCAACAUGUGAUGCGUGAUAUUACAAAUAUAGAAACAUUUUUAACUGGUCAACAACAAAAAUCAAUACGAUCAUUAUAUGAAUAUAAACGUUUUAUACUCGCUUUACUUAUGACUGGAUGUCGUUAUUUACAAAUACAACGAGGAACAUUGGAACCAAUGGAUGAAUUAAUUAAAAUCAUUAAAAACAAUAUUGAUUAUCGUUUACCAGGAACAGAAAUAGGAUUACUCAAAUUACUUGUACGAUUUGAAUUACAAUUACAAACAAGUACAAAAUCUCUAUUACUACAAACAAUACAUAUGGCUUUUUCAUAUAGUACAAAUCCAUUUGGUCUCAUAGAUGAUGUUAGUCAAUCGAUAAAAAUAUUAAAAAAUUUAGUAUUAUCACCUGGAUAUAUGAUGACACAAAUGUGGCAUACAAUUGAUACACUUAUUGAUAGUCUAUCCAAAUCAAUUUCUUCCACUGAAUAUGAAAUAUUAUUUUCAUUAUGUCAAGAUUUUCAACGUAUAAUUGAAUUUGAAAUAAUUGAUGAAACAAAUUUUUUAGAUCAGUGCAUGCAACAAUCAUCAACAACAUUAAGUAUGCAUAUUGAUUUUCAAAAUAGACCUAAAUCAUUAAUAGAAUCAGUAUCAGAAAAAGUUGAUAGAUUAUGUACUAUAUUAAUUGAUAAUCGUCCAGGAUUAAAAAAAUUCUGUGAAAAUCUUUCAAACAGAUGGCAGUUGACAUUGAAAGAAUUUCUUCGUGGGAUUAUUAAAUCAAGAAAAUAUCAUUUACAUAAUAAAAUUGAAUUUAAUUAUAAAAAAUCUAAAAGUUAUAUAUCAUUAGAUUCACAAGAUUUGGUUUUAGCCGAUAUACAACAAAUAAUUGAAGCUAAAAAUAUUAUUUUAAAUAAUAAACCGGAAAAAAAUAAGAUUAAACAUGAAUUAAAUUUUCAUGAAAUUAUUUAUUUUCUUACAAUCGGUGGUUUAGAUAAUAUGGAAGUAACGUUGACAGAUAUAUCAAUGGAACACAUGGAUUUUGUACUUAUAUCAAAAUUAUAUCAGUCUAUAGUAGAAGUUUAUGAAAAAGGUGAAAAAGUUUUAUUUGAACCAUGCAUGUCAUACAUAAAAUUGAACAGUGCAACGAGCAGUGCCACAACAAUUGCGUUUAAUCUCCUUGACCAUAUUCGUCAAUUGGAACAUAAUAUAUAUAAUAACUUAUUGAUUAUUACGAAUCAAGAUAUACAAAAUUCAAUAAAUGAGUUACGAAAUAUCAAUAGUCAAUUAUAUUUGGCAGAAGAAAAGAUAAAACGCUUCGAAGUCGAUUGGAGUAAUGCAUGCAACCAAUUUAUUAGAAUUCGUCGUACAAAAACUGUUAUUAGUUGUUCAGUUUUUAAAAAAUCACGGAAUAAAUUUAAAUCCCUUUUCAGCUCCUCAGAUAACGAACAAUCACCGUUAGAAUUGAGUGAUCACAUAAAAAUCUUCAAUAUGACAUUUAAUGAUUUACUCAAUGAAAAUAUUCAUCGUUAUAUGCAACAAUAUCAACAAGGUGAUCCAUUUAUUCACACUAUUCUAAUUCAAUACUAUUUGAAUAAUUUGAUAACAUUACAUCGUAAACAUGAAAAUAUGCUAGGACUUGAACCAUUAAAUCUUAGCAAAUACUCAUCAUCUUCUGAAUGUUUUGAGUUACAAGUUACAACACACACUCGUCUGUCACAUAUAAUUAUUUAUUUUAUAAAACAAGAUAAAAAUCCAUCAAAUGGUUUUAAAGUUCAAUUAAAAAUGAACAAUACUCUAUCUAAUAGUGGGGAUUUUGCUGUAAAGACAAAUUCAAUUGAAUAUAUCAUAAUUCAAAUUGGAGAAGAAUUGUCAACAAAGCUAAUAAAAUGGUCAAAUUGUUUGAAUAAAACAACCGUGGAAUUACAACCAUAUUUCACAAUUCGAUUUCAACGUUCAAAUAAAAACUUUUAUACAGUUAAUGGUAUAUCCGAUAACUUGCCCAAUUCCAGUACAAUAACAUCGACUCUAUUAGAACAACAAACAAAGGAAUUAGAAUCAGCUUUGUCUGCUCAUCAUAAAAGUAAUGACGAAGAAAAACAAAUCAAUCAUUUACGUAGUACAAAAAUUCUUGUUAGUUUAAAUAGCAAAAUUGGUGAAAUGAUUAAAAGUCUUAAAACUGAUGAUAUAGUAAAUGCGAAUAAUUUGAUAAAUGUCGCUGAUAUAAUUAAUUUUCAUAAACGGUUACCGAAUGCAGAUACAAUAAAACAAUGUUUUCGAAGUUUUGACCAUUUAGCAGAUGAAUUUUCAGCAAUGAAUCAAAAAAUGAGAAUAAUGAAGGAUGAAUUAAUCGAUAGUCGUAGCGAUAUUCAAUUCGAAUGGUCAAGUAGAAUGCAAAACGCUUUUAUCAAUAGUCGACAAUGCCUUGUAGAAAGUGUUAAACAAUUGUCACAAUAUACUUCUGCUUUAUGUUUACUAAAUGUUCAUCUAAUAGUCGCUUAUGCAUGGGCAAAUGUCCUGACAAUGAGCAAUAAUAAUUCUUCAAAUGAUAAAAAUUUUAAAACAUUAAAUCAAGAAUAUGAUCAAAUAUGUCAAAUUUCAGGAAAUAAUCCUGAAUUAGUUAAAGUCAAUAAUCUUCUUCGAAAUAAUGCACAUACAAUCUAUCGUAAUACAAGACGUGUCAGUAAUAAUCGUACAGAAGUACUGAAUAUGCUUAAAACAAAAAUUAUUUUAGAUCCAGGAAAAUUAAAUGACACAUUUCAAUAUUCACAACUAGGUCGUGAUGCACAUAUUUGGUUGUAUCGAUCAAAAGAUACACAAACAAUACAAUGUGCACCAUUAAAAACAUCGAUUGAUUUUGGUAUUGCACUUAUCGAUAUUCAUAGACGCAUCAUACAAAAAUUGAUUAUUCAUAAUCCAUGUGAAAAUGAUAUUGAUAUUGAAAUAAUACCUAAAGAAUCGAAUAGCCAGUUUGAUGCACCAACUGGAAAGAUAUCAAUAGAAGCACAGAAUAUAACUGAAAUUGAUAUUUUAUAUAAACCACCAAGUAGAGAAAAUGAAAAUUCUUGUAAUUUUCUGAUCAAUUUAUCUAAAAAUCAGACAGCAUUAACAGAAUUAUAUGUUUAUGGAAAAGUUGCUGUUGUAGAUGUUCAAUUAUCAACAGAUACAAUAAAUUUUGGUUAUUGUCCUUGUGAUGGAACAAUACUAGAAAAACAUUUCGAUAUCAAAAAUUCCUUAUCAUGUUCGUUAAAUGUUGUAGCACAAAUACAACAAGAAACACAAGCAAUAUCAAUGAAAUCGGUAUUAACAAUUCAAACUGAACAAUUAAAUUUGAAUCCAUCUACAACAACGCAUUUUCAUGUAUCAUUAAAACCAAAUAAUGUAGAGGAAAAUAUCGAUCGUGAAAUAUGUCUUGCUAUUAAUUCACCUAAAUAUUUCAAAUUAUUGAAAGUAAUUGGUUUUGUUCGACAAACUAAACUCACAGUUAUGUAUCAAGAACAAACAGUUAUUAACAAUCAAUCCGGACAAUUAUCAAUUACAGAUUUAUACAAAUCAGAAGAACGUUCAAUAUCACUUGAAUUUAUCAAUGAUGGUGAAGUUGAAUAUACUUUAUCUUUAUCAAGCGACUUAAAUUUGAGUACAAAAACGCUUGUAUUAAAUCCUGGAAUAAAAGAAACAGUACAAGUGAAUAUUUGCAUGAGUGAUGCUUCUUCUAGAAAAACUUCUACCAUCGAUAUAAAUUUCACUAAUAUUAGUCGUCCUCGUUUGACACUCACACUCCUUCGUGAAUCACAAUUACCACAUUUACGUUUUCCAUUGGAAAUCACAAAAGAAAUACGUAUUGGACAAUCAGCUGAUAUGGAACAGUUAUGGAUGAACAAAUCAAGAAGUAUGAAACCAAUUGAAUGUGAUAUAUCAAUUAAAAAUGUAGGCAAAUCAGCAGCAAACAUAAAAUAUAUACAACUUCUAUCAUCAAAAGAUUCAACAAAAAUUUUAUCAUCUAAAUUUAUUGUAACACCCGAUAAAUUGUUACUCAAUCCAUUAACAGACAAAACUCUCAAAUGUCAAUAUUAUCCAACUGAUUUUCGUAAUUUUCAUCCCAUCAUACAAUUUAAAUCUGGUGAUAUAUUCACAAACAUUCCCUAUCAUCUUGAAUUUAAAAUACCUAUUCUUGAAAUAUCACCAAAAGCUUUCUUUGAUAUCGGUGUAAUUAAAAAUGGAAAAAUCUUUAAACCAUCUAUUAUACUUCGAAAUAUUGGUCGUAGUAGUUUAAAAAUUGAUACAACUGAAGUUUUCAUAAAACAAUCAUUUAUCGAAAAAUUAAUACUGCAACAAUCAUCACAAAUAAUUUCUCUUGAUCAUCCAAUUCGUCUUGAUCCAAAUCAAACUUGUCAGUGUACUCUUAUGAUCGAAUGUAACGAAGUAGAGAAUCGUAAAGAUUAUUCACAACAACUUGUUGAAUUAGGUGAAAUAACUAUUGUUAGUCAAUGUGAUCCUGUAAUUGAAAUCAACGGUAAACUAUCAAAUCGUUUAAUAAAAUUAAUUAUAGUUGGACAUUUUUCGGAAUACGAUCAACAACAAGAGACGGGAAAGGAAAAAAGUUGUUGGAAUGAUCUACGAUUAUUACCAUCUGAUUGGUUGCGUCAAAUGUGUUCAAUGAAUUCGAAUAACAACAUCAUAAAUUAUUUUUCAUUGGUACAAAUAACAGCAAUGGCAUACAUUUGUACACCAAAAUUAGAAUCACUUCCAAAGACUGAAGAUGACUAUAAGAAUCUUUGUACAAAAUUCCGAACAGCGCAACAUUUUCGAGACUAUGUACCAGAUUUAUCAACUGAACAAUUUUUAAAUGAAACAAAAAAGAAAAAUGCUCAAACUGCAGUAUAUAGAUGUUACAGAUCGAUGAUUGAUCAAUCACAAAAAGCUUUUUUUAAAUGGUCAAAUUUAUUUAUAGAUUAUUUUGAUACUCAACUUAUAAAAUCACAAUUAUUUUCUGUUAUCAAUUCUGCAGAAAAUGUAGAUGAAGCUUAUGCAAUGCAAACUUAUGCUUUUUGUGUAUCUAAUUUGUAUGAACAAUCAAACAAUAUCAAUGACUGUCAACAAUCACUUUUAUUAAUCGAUAAAAUGAUUAGUCAAGAUUCUAUUUUAAAUCCAAUAUUGGAUUUAUUUUCACAAUAUAUACAUUAUUUAAUACAACGUAAACAAGAAGAUACCACUCAUAUUGAAGAACUUAUUUCGAAAUUAAUCAAUAAAUCAAAUUGUGAAUUAAUAAAUUUAAUAUCUAAUGAUAAUGAACAAUUAACAAUCAAUUUAUUAUUUUCAUUUCUUCCUGCUGAUAUACAACAAGAUAUAAAACAAUUAAUGAUGGGUAAUUGUGAAACAUUAAUUAAAUGUCUAAUGAAGGUUAUCAAUGAACAAAAUCCAUAUUAUCCAUCUAUGACUGCAAUUCAACAUCGUCUUACUAAUUGGGCAAAACUAGAUUCAUCAAUCAAACGUUCUAUUAUCAGUUCAUUAUUUAAUAAUAAUUCGAAAUUACUUGAUAUUUUAAAUAAUGUUAACAAAGAAGAAAAAUUCGAUCAGAUAUUAGAUGCUACCGUUAUUAUCAUUGAAUAUUUUGAACAACAACAAAGUAGUUCAGCUGCAAUAUCAUAUCAAUGGAUUAAAGAUAUUUUUAAAAAACGAUUUCGUCAUAGUAUAAGUUCAGCACUGGAAGGUUCAAAAAGAAUAUCCCAGCAACAAAUUGAAUCAUUAGCUUGGAAAAUUGAAGGUUUAUACCCUACAGUAGGAACACAUAAUUAUACAAGUUACGAUUUAACAAAAUAUAAUAUGGAAAACUAUGUGGACAUUAUACAUAAAUUGAUAUCAGUGAAAAACGAACAAUGGAUAUCAAUAAAACAAUGUUUAAAAAAUUUUUGGAGGCUUCUUUGCUUAAUGAGUGAAGAUCAUAUAUCAACUGGAUUAGUAUUUAAACAAGCUUGUCUAUUUCAAUUUGACUAUUUGAAAAAUGAAUCAUGGCAUAAAAUUCUAGCAAAAUAUACAGCAUUAACAAUACAACUGACAUGGCAAGAAUUAAUAGAUUUUAUUGAUAUAAUUGAUAGUUUUACUGAUUCAAUCGUAGAAUUAAAAAAAGAACAUAUACAAAAAUUUAUUGAUAUUGUACAAUCUUUACAACAAGAAACAACAAUAUUAAAAGUUUGGGAUUGUCUUCUAAAGCUGUGUCCCUUUUUAUUAACAAAUAACGAAUGUACUGAAUUAGAUAACAAACAAAUACGUAUACAAACUAUUUUAUCAGCAUUAACACCCAAUAUAUCGACCAAUGAUUUAUUAAAUGAAUUUAAAGCGUGUGUAUCAUCAACAUUACAAAAUCAAAUAGAAGCUUACAAUCAUUUAAUUCAAUCACACAAUGCAUUAAUUGAUCUAACAUUUCUGACUGAUGAACAACAAUUCAAAUUACUUAAUAAUCUCAUUCCAUCGUGGUUGACACUAUCAAAUAUAAAAUGUGUUAAAUCAAAACGUUUGUACGAAGCACUAUCUUCAAUAUUAACAUCAUUUUAUGGCUUAAUAUCAUCUAAUGAAGUAUCAUACAAAGAACAAUUGUAUACAACUGCAUUAUCAUCUGCAUUAUGUAUAUUAGCAAAUUGUCGAAAUAAUAUUCGAGAUUUUGAUAAUCCGAAUGAUGUAAUGAUAUCUACUAAAACUGUAGAUCGAGAGUCUAUUCUCAGUUGUAUUCACAAAAAUAUACAAAAACAACAAAAGCCACCAGUAUCUGUAAAUACACCAGGACAGGCACAAUCAUCACCUACUGGCAACACAACAAUUCUAAAACAAUCAUUGACAUCGGCACAAACAGCUGUUCCACCAAUACAAUCACCCUUUACAGGGCAUGUUUUAGAUCAACUCACAGAAAAUGUUGAAAAAUUUGUAUCAAAACUGAACUCACCUCAAGAUCCUAUUACUACUAUCAAUAUAUCAUUAGAAUCAUCUGUGAAAGAUUUAGUUGAAUCAUACAUUAUUUUGCAUAAACGAGUUGAUUAUUGGUAUGAUGUAUUUAUAACAACAAAUUUAUUAUUUUAUAAUCGACCAAAUUUUGGUCAAAUAUCAAUAAAUAAAAAAUUUACAAAUUCAAUUGUUGAAUAUGGUAUCCAUUUAUUUAUAAGAUUAACAGUAAUCAGACGACUUUUAGAACCUCAACCAUUUUCUAUUCAUGGUGUCAAAUUUUUAUUUAAAGAUCUGACAAAAAUUGAAAAAUGUUUAACAUCAUUAGCAUUACAAUAUAGUUUAGAAUUACGAUCUGUAUUACAAAAAUUACAAAUUGAUGUCAGUCGAUUACAAAAUAUAGAUAUAAAACCACCAUCAAAGAGUUUAACAUUAAAUAAAUUAUCACAUUUAGAUCCAUUUAGUCAUAGCGCUGACACACCGAUCGAUCAUUCACCAUUGGAAACUUCUUCAAAAGUAACAUUUUCACCAUCGUUACCACCAACGACAACACCAACAAAUAAUGAUGAGUUCGAUCAACUAAUCUCGCAUGAUGAAUGGCUAAAGGAUAUCAAAAACCAUAAUGUCAUAGUUGGUGGCACAGACACGCAUUCAUCCAAUCUACUUGAAUCAUCAUCUAAUAAUCGUACUAUAAACACAAAUGUUGAUCAAAUACUUCAAGAUAUGCUAAAUAAACAAACAACAGGAGGCGGUACAUCUUCAUCCUCAAUAACAGCGAAUUCUUCAACUGCGUUAAGCAAUUUGAAAAGCGAAGCAGAAAAUUUAGCUGCACAAAAUGUCAAAGUGGAAUUGUCACAAAAACCAUUUAUAGAUCAAGUUAAAAAUACAAAUUGUCUGGAUUUAUAUAAGGAAGCUGGCAUGAUUACUAAAGAUAAAUUUAACAGACAAUUACUAACAGAUGAAUUAGAAAAUCGUUUAGAUUUAAGUUCAAUGUCAGAAAAAGAUUUCACUAAAUGGACAUAUACAAAAUUAGUUGAAUCCAAAGUAAUUACACAAAUGAUUGAUACGAUUUUAGACAAAUUUCGUUCGGAACAAGAACGUUUAACAUCAAAAUUAAUUAAACAACAUGAAUUACAAUGGUGUAUUAUGGUUGAUAAUUCUGGAUCAAUGAGUCUACAUCGUACAUUUAUAUUUGGUACACUCUGCCCCGCUGAGAAAAGUCAUCAUUAG